AUGGCCAGGAUCAGCAUCCCCAUCGAAGCCCUGACUUCCCGCCUCAACCUCACGGAUCGCUUUAACAGCGUUCGAUCGCAGUCCAUCGCCUCCCGCUUUGCAAACAUCCGCCCCAUUUCCGAGUUUCUCGACUUGAAAAGAUUGUCAAAACCGAACAACUUUGGAGAGGUGCAAGCAAGAGUCAACUACAACCUGAGCUAUUUCUCCAGCAACUAUGCCGUGGUCUUUGUCAUGCUGAGCAUCUACAGCCUGCUCACCAACCUGUGGCUUCUUUUUGACAUCAUCCUGGUCGUCGGUGGCAUGUGGGCCAUUGGCAAGUUGGGCGGAGGUGAUCUCGAGCUUGGUACCUUCCGAGCUACAACCUCCCAGCUCUACACCGGCCUGGCCUGUAUUGCUGUCCCCGUUGCCUUCAUUUCUUCUCCCAUUGCAACUUUCUUGUGGCUGAUUGGGGCUACUGGUGUGACCAUCCUGGGUCAUGCCUCACUCAUGGAUAGACCAAUCGAGAAUGCUUUUUCCGAGGAGGCGGUCUAG